GUCGCUCCGCCUGAGCUGUCGCAGCCCCCAGCGCAGCACGUCCCAGGGACGCUGAAGGUGCGCUUGGAGUCCGACCGUGAGGUGGCUGCGAGGCCCCCAAACCUCGAUUUGCUCGAAGGUGAGGGUAGCACCCUCGAAGCUGCUUCGCGUGAGCGACUUGAAAAGAUCGUGAAGCAGUUGAAGGCGGAGGUGACAUUGGCCUUCAGCAUGCAGGCGUCGCAAGCUUCACGAGGAAGAUCUGGAGCCUCCGGUGGAGUCCAAGCCAUGCGCGCCGCUGCCGCCUUCGCGGUGGCGGCGGCUGCAGAGGCGGCCGCGAAAGAG